AGAAGCAGGCCCACCGUUUCUCAAUACCAUCCUUUCCUCUGUCUAUAGCACCAUGGGUAAAGGUACAGACAAACUCUACAUCACACACUCAGAGUGGUCCUCGUCAGACGCCUUUGGCACGUCACGCGGCGCAAACAGCGCAAACCGAAUCUCUGCGGCCGGGCUCUCGUCAACAUUCAAGCGGCUGCCCUUCAACUACUGCGCCGUUUCGCUGCAGCCUUUCACCGACCCCGUGUGCACGUCUUCCGGUACCAUCUUCGACCUCACCCACAUUCUCACCUGGCUGUCCAAGCACCCCGACACGAACCCCGUUGAUGGAUCGCCGUUGAAGCGCGCGGACCUCAUCACGCUGAACUUCACCAAGAACGAGGACAGCGAGUAUGUGGACCCGGUCACAUACAAGGUCUUCACCGACAACACGCACAUUGUCGCGCUGAGGAAGAGCGGGAACGUGUUUGCGUGGGACACGGUGGAGAGGCUGAACAUCAAGGCAAAGAACUGGCAGGACCUGGUCAGCGAUGACGAGUUUACGCGCAAGGACAUCAUCACGCUGCAGGACCCGCAGAACAUCGAGUCGAGAGACUUUGGCUCAUACAAGCACGUCCAGGAGGGGGACACGGUCGUGCCAGAGGUCGAGAGCGGCGUGAACAAAGACGCGCUGGGCAAUGCAGCCAAGAUCUUGAAGGCAAGGGAGGCAGUUGCAAAAGCACGCGCAGACAGGCACGCCAAGGCACAUGGGAGCCAGAACUCCAAAUCCAUCGCAAAUGUCCCUAAAAACGGCACAUCAGCAUCCACCACAUCAGAGCCCAAGAAGCCAGCGUACAACGCCGCCGUCUACACUUCCGGAAAGGCCGCCGCGUCCUUUACCUCGACCGGAGUCACCCCCCACACCUCUGGCGAACGCGCUCUCCUGUCCGACGAAGACUACAUGCUGAAGCCCAAGCGUAUAAAGCAAAAAGGAUACGCGCGCAUAUCCACAAACCUUGGCGACUUAAACAUCGAACUCCUCCCUGAAUACGCACCGCGCGCAGUCUGGAACUUUGUCAAGCUGGCACAAAAAGGGUACUACCGCGACACCGUCUUCCAUCGCAACAUCAAGGGCUUCAUGAUCCAAGGCGGUGACCCAACGGGCACCGGGCGAGGCGGACAGAGCAUAUGGGGAAAGCCGUUCAACGACGAGUUCGAGGGCCCGAAUCUUCACAACGCAAGAGGGAUGCUGAGUAUGGCAAACAAGGGCAAGAACACAAACACCAGCCAAUUCUUCAUCACGUACCGACCAGUCUCGCACCUCGACCGCAAGCACACAAUCUUCGCGCGUGUAGUCGGGGGUUUGGAUACGACGCUCCGCUCCAUGGAAAUGGCUGAGACAGGCGAGAAAGACCGACCCGUCGACGACGUUGAGAUCCAAGAUAUUGUCGUCUUUGUCGAUCCGUUCGAGGAAUGGCAGAAGGAGAGAAGAGAUAAGGAGACGAAAGACGCCGAAGACGAGGAGAUCAAGAAGCAAGGUGGCACAGUGGAUGAUCGAACGACGUGGACCGGGAAGAGGAUUCGUGCGGAUGGAACUGUCGAGGGGGGUAGUGGCGAAGGAUUGGGCGUGGGCAAAUAUUUGGCUGCUGCGAGGCAGGAGCAAGAGGGUGAGGAGAUUGUAGGGUACGUCGACGAGGAGGAGAAUGUAGCGCCUGUGAAAAAGAGGGCGAAGACAGGCGGUUUCGGGAACUUUGAUGCCUGGUGAGAAGGUGUGGAGAAUAUGUGUUAUGUAGGAUUUAUAGAAUUGAUACCCCAUUACG